GCCUCGGAAAGUCCUUAAAUGAGAGAAAAAUAAUCUGGACUUGAAACAUAAAUCGGAUGAAGAGAGAGAGAGGGAAAGACACGGAAGACCUAUAAACUUGGAAUCCCUCGUGGCUCUUCGAAUUAAUCUGAGCUUCCUAUCUCUCUUCUCCAUCCCCACUACCUCAAAAUCCAGACAACGCAAUACCAAGGCGCCUCAUCUUAUCUCCAUCGUCUUAUCUACCUUCUACGUGCAAUGAAUGUUUAGAGUUAUGUUCCAGCAAUAAGUAGCUUCACUUUUAACCGGUAUACAUCAGCGAAAGAAAGAAACAAAAAAAUAAGUGCAAUUGAAUAAAAGAAUAAUCGCUGAGAAUACGAAUUAAAUUCCAAGUGUUUACGAGUGUUGUUGCUUGAAAGAGCACUCUAGAUAUCGAUUUAAAUAUGUAUGCUUUGGUUACCUAUAUGUAUUCCCGACCACAUGGUGUGUAGAGUGCUUCGGCCCCUUUCCUCAGUUCUCAUCGGGAUGAAUUUUACUUCUUCGGUUUGCUGAAGCAUCAAAUAAUGAUCAUUACCCAGCUGGAUGGACAGGGAAAAAAUUUUACGGCGGACGGGAAUGUGCAGAACUUUUAGCGCAGUCGAGACGAAAAUUCUCGUUCUUUAGCCGAAGGUUUGGGUUUGGAUUGAUCAUCUGCGAAGAUAAUGCAGCACAAAAGCUUUUGUGCCAGUGAAAAUUAAACACAAUAAGCGGUUACGAGCUCUGACAUUGGGAAAUACGGAGUGAAAUUUUUAACAGCUUCGCACUCUUCAUUUACCGAUAUCACUUACAAGAUUCUUCGGACGAUGUCCUAAAAUCCUGAACAAGAUUCAAUCGAGAUUAAGUCCCGGGGUCUUACGAAAUGGACAUUGGAGCAAGUAAUCCUAGUCCCUCUCUAUUUCGGCGCACCAAAAAAUACCGCGAUCGCGAAAUGGUACGAAAAAAGAUGGUGCACAAGCUCGGAUUCGGGUCGCGCACACGACCUCAUCCCGAUUUGGCACAAAUUCGCGCACUGGUGGAGUCAACGAGCAUGGUGGGUGGUUCUAUGUGUCCAUCGUGCGAAAUGCCAUUCGAUAAAGGAAAGAAACGUCGACUCAUCGAUUCGUGUGGCCACGAGAGAUGCUACUCCUGUCUAUUUCGAAGUGAGGCAUGCCCGAUAUGUCGUAAUAUAUACGAAACUAGACGAGAUGAUUCGGUUAUACUCCAGGAUGACAUUGUCAAUUAUGACACUGGUUUCUGCUCCUCCGAGCCAGUUUCCAUAAUAGCAAAUGAGGAUUGGACUGACGACGUCUCGGCGAUAAACUCCCUGUGUGGGAGUCCACGACUGAGGAACAGGAACACCAGAAAUGUCAAUCGUAGUGUCCACCAGGGACCGGAGAACGUCACAUUUUCAUCAAUGAUGGCAAAGGGACCAAAGGGCAAGCCGCCGGUUCUUCCGGAGUUAAUUGGUUCUCAGUCUCGUCAUAAGACACAAGUUAUGGCUCAAAGCUGCCCAACGCCCCCCAAUCAACGGAGGCGAUUCUUCUUGAGUCCCAAGAAUCUGAAGAGUCCAUUCACACCUCAGAGAUCGAGAAGGGGUGGGGGGCCUACACCGGAACAAGGAAAUGAUAAUCCAUCAGCUCUAUCAGCCUGGAUGACAUCCUCAUGGGAAGGUACAACUCGUUGGCCUGGUGUUGUACUAGGGAAAAUCAAAUCCCUGUGGAGUACAAGUCAAGGAACUGCCAGUGAUGGACUGAAUCAGCUCAUUGAUCCCCCGCGAUCGAAAGCUGAUAAUAACAACAGACUCGUCAAUGCGCCAAGAAAGAACAAAAUUUUGGGCCUUGAGCAGUUCAACAGAGCAACAGAUGACGAAGGAGGUAGUGUAAAGCCUCUGUCCUCGAAGAAUCGAAAAUCCUCGCAAUCCGAUCUCUAUAUGCGUCUGGGACUUCUCCUGGGCUCGGGACAUCUUCGCACCUCGUCCGGAGUUGACAAUACAGCCCUGCCUUGUUCAAAUCGACCUCCCUCAUCAUCCCAACCCCAACAAUCAGAUGUCAUGAGGUGCCAUGAGACAUCCUUGAGCAGUUUAACAAGCUAUGAUCAGCAGACCCUGGCUUCCACAAAUACGAGUCCAGUUUCCACAUUAACUGGCACAUCCAGUGAAGCCGAAGUAGCAGGAGCACUGCGUACUCCGAUAAAGCCCAAAGGAAAAUCAAAACAAAAAACAAAAAUCAAAGAUUGUGACUCCGCGGGAAGUCUUGCCUCCAUAUCCACCUCGAUAUCCGCUUCAACUUCUAUGUCAAUGUCGAUGUCAGUAUCGGUUUCAGGCCUCUCGAAUGGCAGUUGCAGUCCACUAACCCCGCGAAAACACUCAGCAAACCCUGAGGACGAUUCUGGCCUGAAGAAUCGACGGUCUUGUGCGAGAAAAUCCGGUCGAGGGUCAGUCAAGCCACUAGAAACAAAAAUGAGAUUUCUUUCUCAUCCCGUAGCCCAGCUCACCCUCAAGCCACUGUUCUUCGAAGUCCCAUCAGUUGAACAAAAUCCCUUAUUCACAGGGCGUUUUUGGCUUCUUCAAGAGAUUGAAAAGGUCAUCAAGGGUUCGAGCCCUGGAAUCCUCAUUUCAGGGGCUCCAGGAACCGGCAAAACAUCACUUAUUCUUCAAUUAGUGGAGCACAGUUGCUUUGGGAGGAGAAGAGAGCAAUCACUGAGGGCUGAAAUUGCUGAAUGCGAUGAAGAUGAGGCCGAACAGAGCCAGCGACCGCUGCAAUCAACCUUUGAAAUCAAUAUGAAAAAAACAAAUGAGAAAAUCAGGGAAACAGCGUCACACGUUGUUGCUUAUCACUUUUGCCAGGCCGACAACAAUAACACUUGUUUAGUGCCUGAUUUAAUUCAUUCAAUAGCAGCCCAACUGUGUCAAGCUCCGCAGUUGAUUGCCUACAGGGAGUAUUUGUUGUCGGAGCCACAUUUGCAAGGCUCAUUGUCACACAGAGAGUGCACAGUGGAUCCCGAUCUUGCCCUGUCCAGAGGCGUUCUGGAGCCAAUGUUGACUCUUAGGAAGGCUGGACGACUUCCUCAAGUCAAUAUGGUGAUACUAAUUGAUGCUAUUUGUGAUGCUGAGUAUCACAGGCCUGACAGGGGUGACACCAUUGCCUCCUUUCUUACUAGACAUGCACCUAAUUUCCCCAGUUGGAUGAAAAUUAUUUGCACCGUGAGAAGCGAACUUAGGGAAUGUGCUAAGGCAUUUCCAUACACUAGAAUUUGCUUGGAUAAAAGUGCUAGUGGCACCGGUGGUGUUUGCAUUGGUAGAGAUUUGUCUGAAUAUAUUAGUCAUAGAAUGGUGCAGAGCACUGUUAUUCAGGCUAAUGUGACGGCUAGUGUUAACGGAAAGGAGUCCUCCUGUGGAGUUAACCAAAACAGGUUCGCCACUCAUCUGCUGUCCCUUGCUGGAGGCAGCUUCCUUUUUGCCAAACUCACGCUUGAUCUCAUUGAGAGUGGACAUCUCGUAGCUAAAUCUGCAUCUUAUAAGGUUUUGCCAGUAUCAUUAGCGCAGAUAUUCCAACUACAUUUUAAUCUUCGAUUUCCCACUGCCACGUCAUUCGAAAAGGUCCAGCCUCUUCUUGGUGUCUGCUUAGCUGCCCUUUAUCCACUCACACUUCCAGAAAUUUUCUACUCGGUUAAUUCAUUGUACACGGAGCAGUUCGUUUCAUGGGAGGAAUUCUUACAGAGAUUCAAGAUGCUCUCUGGUUUUCUUGUGAAACGUCUGGACGACACCUACAUGUUCUUUCACCCCUCCUUUAGAGAGUGGUUAAUUCGUCGCGAUGAAAAUGAAUCUCCAAAAUUUCUUUGCGACCUUCGCCUGGGACACACAGCAAUAGCUUUUCGCCUCGCUCGCCUCGAAAGUCCCCUGUCUGGUGACAAAGUUCUGGAACUGGGCCAUCACGUUCUAAAAGCUCAUUUUUAUCGAGGUGUAACACCCUCUUUCCCAUCACGAGACCUUCAAGCCUGGUGGAUGACUUCGUCGACGGAGUGCGUCUCAUCAGCUCUCUCUACACUCCGCAACAUCUAUAGUCCCAAUGUCAAAGUAUCGAGAUUACUCCUGCUGGCAGGAGCCUCCCCAAAUCAUAGAACCGAAUACCUGGGUAAUGCUCCAGUUCUCUGUAUGUACGCACACGAGGGCUCGGUAGAAAUGGUAUCUCUUCUUCUCGAAUUUGGUGCUGACGUCGAGCUGACAAACUCCCAGGGUUGUACGGCCCUGUCUCUCGCCUCGUCACGAGGCCACUGCGACGUUGUUCGACUUCUGGCUGGUGCUGGAGCCUCCCUGGGUCACGCUGAUAUCGCUGGCCAGUGUCCACUGGUCCACGCAGCUCGUCAUGGACGCUUUCCAGUGGUUGGCUAUCUCUUGGCUUGUGACUGGUCCAUUCCUACAUCCGAAAGUGACAUCCAUUCAGAAACAGUGUCUGAGAUCCCUCGGGAGGAAGCAGCUCAACAAGCAGUCGUUGCUGCUGCCUCCCAAGGCCAUGAAUCAGUCGUUGAAUAUCUGUUGGACAUGGCCAAAGUGAAUAUCGACGUGUCUGACACAUUAAUUGGUGAAACUGCACUGACAAUAGCCUCGGCUCAUGGAUCGACAGCUACGGUAUCAGCUUUGUUGACUAGAGGGGCGAAUCCAACAGCUGUUAAUUCCAAAGACCUGUCUCCAUUGAUGCUAGCAGCUAGAGAGGGCCACUGGGGAACGGCAGAGCGUCUUCUUCAGUUCGAUUCAUCUAGCUCAAGGGGUUCUGUUGACGGCGAUGUACCAGGGCUGCUGCUGGAGCAAAAGGACAAUAUGGGGAGAACGGCGCUUAUGAUGGCGGCCUCAGAGGGUCAUACCAAUUUAAUUGAUCUAUUCUUGGAGAAGGGAGCUGUACUUGAGGGCGUCGAUAAAGAGGGACUGACUGCAUUAGGGUGGGCAUGUGUCAGGGGAAGAAUUUCUGCUGUCCAAUGUCUUUUGGAUCAUGGUGCUGAUAUUGGAGCUAAUGACAAGACUGGCAGGACACCUCUGGAUCUUGCUGCUUUUCAGGGUAAUCCGAAAUUGGUGCAAUUAUUGUUGGAGCGAGGUGCUGCUAUUGAACAUGUGGAUUUGAAUGGGAUGAGGCCAUUGGAUAGAGCUAUCGGAUGUAGAAAUGUACCGGUGGUGCAAUGCUUUUUGAGGAGGGGUGCUAAGUUGGGGCCUGCAACCUGGGCCAUGGCCCAAGGAAAGCCUGAUGUACUGUUGAUACUAUUGAAUAAAUUGCUGGAGGAUGGCAAUGUGCUUUACAGGAAGGAAAGACUCAAGGAAGCUUCUCACAGGUAUGCCUAUGCAUUGAGAAAGUUUCCUGGAGCACCUGAGCAGGUUCACGAUGCACAGAGCCAGGAAGAGAGCAACAUGAUCCUUCAUCUGCCAACGUUUACACAAUUGAAGUUAAAUUUUUUGCUCAAUCUCAGCAGGUGUAAACGUAAAAUGAAUGAGUUUGAAGAAGCUGUGGAGCUGGCAGAUGAAGCUUUAAAUAUCCGUCCAUCAUCCUAUGAAGCUUUUUAUGCUCGUGCGAAGGCUAGGGUCGAUUUGGGACAUUAUGAAGACGCUCUAAUUGAUGUUCAAGAGGCUCUACAAAUAGCACCAGUUAACAAUCGACAAGACCGACGUGUUUUGUGUGCCCUGAAAGAUGAGAUAGUGUCGAGAAUAGAGGGGACCGGAAUUGGAUGCAGCAAAACAGUCGUUGACGUGACUUCCAGGAGAUUCAGGGCAUCUGUGGAUACGCUGACCGAGCUUUAGAAUUCCUCUCUGCAUAUGGCCUCGUUCGACAGCUUUUCGAUCGAUAUUUACGAUUGAAGGAGGGAGAACGCGCAUGUGCGGAUAUCGUUGAAACCUAUUUAUUAUUGAUGAUUCUCUACUUUGUUAAUUAUUGAAGCUUCCAAUCUAUUCCAAAGCUUUGCAAAAAAAAUUGAGAAAUUGUUCUUAAGAUAUUUUAAUUGAAUUAAAUUAUGAAUUACGUUUUUUUAUUGCUCUCAAUUCGCUCAUUCGAUUAUAAAUCGAACGCAGAUUAUUGAUGAUGAUUUAUACGUAUCGUGUAUCAUACGCACAACACAACUGAUUCUGUUUUGAUUGGUUUUUUCUUUUCAAACCGCGGUAAUCGGAGAAAGUGAGAUAUUUUAUCGUUUCAUUUUUCAGUAUUUGUUUCGAAUUUUAAGAGUCCUAGAUAUUUAAUGGAAUGGUGAAUAUUCGAUGCUUAAGAUGCAACAAUUAUCAGUAUCAAUUGUAGAUUAUUAUUCAAAUGUAAUAAAUUCACAAGAGAAAAAGAAAUUAUAUUGUGUCACAUUACCUUUUAAUGAAGAACGUUUUUAUUGAGAAUAAAGAAAACAAUCAUAAAACUAAUCUAUUUUUCUCAUCUAACCUUGUGCCAUAUAUUUAUUCAAUUAAUUCUUUUGAUUUUUUUUUCUUUUUCAACAAGUGUGAUUGAUAAACACUCUACACGGAGGUGUAUCACGGAAAAGGUUUACUCUAUGCCCGCAGAGUUAAUGAUACUUAUGCCUAAUUACACGUGACGAAUGUGGUUACCUCAUGUUUCAUGAAGACUAAGGGGAAUGAUCACGGAAAAGAAUUUCAAGACACUGUUGGGAA